AUGGUGGUCCGCUCCGCCGCCAGCGGCAAAGCCGAGGCCUUCGACUCCCGGGAGACCGCUCCGCUGGCUUCCUUCCAGGUGCGCCGCCGAGAAACCCAUUCGCUCCAUCUUUACCCUCGUCAUUGCUCCUGAUGGUGGCCCCUCCGCCGGCGGAGCCAACUGACAAGACCAGUGCGAAGGUCAACUCCAAGAACCCCAUGCUGGGGCCAGAACGGCCUUGAUCUCUGUGGAGGAGAGAUCAAGUCGCCGCCACAUCCCCCCCCCCACCUCAUAAAGGUCGAGCCUUUUACGAUGCCCAAGGGGAAAAAGAAAUCUAGAGUAGAACUGGAACGGUCUGACUCAUCCGAGUUUUUCGGAGUCAACCCAUCUAUCUGACUCUGACAAGCUCGAAUGGCACAGAGAGAGAGAGAGACGACUAGAUCCUCCUGUCAUGUUUUCGGCUGACAUUGCCAGCGCCACUUCAGCAUCAUUGCUCAGCCCGCCGUAAUCGCAUCCUAUUUAUUUGCUCUCAUUCACGGUCGGAGUUCGUCUCCCUUUCCGGUGGCGCCCGUGCAGACCAUGUACGACGGCAACCCCGCGUCCAAGUCCAAGGGAGCGCUUUCCAUGGGAGUCCCCGGCGAGCUCGCGGGUCUCCACGCCGCCUGGUCCAGGCACGGCCGCCUCCCCUGGAAGUCCCUCCUGCAACCAUCCAUCGCCCUCGCCAGGGACGGCUUCCGCAUCUCUCCCAACCUCGCCGAUAGCAUCCAGGAGAAGGAGGCGCUCAUCAGGGCUGACCCGGGCCUGCGGAGCGUCUUCGUGCUCGACGGCCAGCUGCUCCGUGCCGGCGAUACCGCCCGCAACCCCGCGCUCGCCCGUACGCUAGCUGCCGUGGCCGCCGACGGCCCCCGGGCCCUCUACGGCGGCGCCGUCGGCGAGGCCCUUAUCAGGGACGUGCAGGACGCCGGUGGGUUACUCACCAUGGACGACCUGAGAAGCUACAAUUUCACCGUCACCGACGCCCUCACGGCCGACGCCCUCGGGUACACCAUCGUUGGCAUGCCGCCCCCCUCCAGCGGCACCGUCGGCCUGUCCAUGGUGAGAACGACCACCGAUCCCCUCUCCCCCCCCCUCUUUCACUCUGUCUCUGGGAUGAGUUGGCUCAGCUGACUCAUGGUGACGGGUUUGUGGAGCCGAGCAGAUUGCGACGAUUUUGGCCGGCUACGGAUCGCCGGAGUCGGCGGCGGGCGCGCUGGGGGUCCACCGGCUGGUGGAGUCGUUGAAGCACAUGUUCGCCGUGAGGAUGAACCUCGGCGAUCCGGACUUCGUCAACGUCACCGCCUACGUCUCCGAAAUGCUCUCCUCCUCCUUCGCGGAGAAGAUCCGGCGGAGGAUCCUCGACGACGCCACCUUCGGCCCGGAAUAUUACCUGCCCAGGUGAGUUACCUCCUCCUCCUCCACGGAAAAGGGUCGCCGGAGUGGUUGGUUGCUCACGGGCGAGGAUGGGCGGCGGCGGCGCAGGUGGAGCCAGCUGAGUGACCACGGGACGAGCCACCUCUGCGUAGUAGACUCUGAGAGGAACGCGGUGUCCAUGACCAGCACCGUGAACUUUCCCUUCGGGGGCGGCGUGCUCUCGCCGGCCACCGGCAUCGUGCUGAACAACGAGAUGGACGACUUCUCGACCCCUGGGGACUCAGACCCGGACAAACUUCCUCCUGCACCUUCCAACUUCAUCGAGCCCAGGAAGAGGCCCCUCUCCUCCAUGACCCCCAUCAUCGUCCUCAAGGUCCUCAACUCUCUCUCUCUCUCUCUCUCUUCCCAAGUUCAGUCAGAUGAGGGUGGGUUUCUUCUGCAGAACGGUCAACUGGCUGGAAUUAUAGGCGCCAGCGGGGGGUUGAACAUUAUUUCGGCUGUCACCCAGGUCUUCCUGAACCAUUUUGUGCUGGGAAUGGAGGCUCUUGAUGCCGUCAGACACCCAAGGGUGUACCACAAGGUUGGUACCUGGAUUUCUUCAGUGCAGAGAAACCCUCUAACUCAGCAAGUCAGAAGACGACCAGGAAACUAAGCUACCGUUCUCUGUUUCUUGCAGCUGAUUCCUAACGUGGUAAAAUAUGAGAAUCUGACGACGACCGGAGGGGAACACAUCGGGCUAUCGGCGGAGGCGAGAGCUUUCUUGGCAGAGCGGGGGCAUGUUCUCAGCCCUGUGGGCGUCGCCACAGUGUGCCAGCUCGUCGUGCAGGACCUUCGGAUCCCCGUUGACAGCCGAAAAGAAAAGAACAGGGGGUUGGGAGAAGGAGAGGGCACUCCAGUCUUCCAUGGGUUGUUGACCGCAGUGAGCGAUCCCAGGAAAGGUGGAAGGCCGGCAGGGCUGUGA